AUGGAGGCAAAGAAAGGAGCUGCUAAUAUAGAGAAAAUGGUUUGGAGUAAUUCAAUUGCCAAUGUUGCACUGAACUGGGCCAAGACAUGUACUGUAGGACAUAAUGGAAAAACAGGAUACGGCGAAAAUUUGUAUUUUCAUACAAUUCGAGAUAAAGGACAAGAACGGGAUUUGAUUGAGAGGGGAAUAAAGGCUUGGUACGAUGAAUAUACGUUGUGGAAUUGGUCCACAGGAUUUACGACGCCAACAGGGCAUUAUACACAGCUUGUGUGGGCAAAGAGCAUCGAAGUUGGAUGUGGUAUAUAUACUUGUCCAGCAAAUGGUCAGUUCCGAGAAAAGUUUCUGUAUCUUUCCUGUUUUUACAAUCCACCUGGUAACUUCAAUGAUAAUGGUAAAUUUCGUAAUGGAGAUCCGUACAUCAGAGGGCGUGCUUGUUCUAAAUGUGCACCAGGAGAACAAUGUAACGAUGGUUUAUGUUCGGGAUCUAAUAACGGCGGAAAUGUAUGGGACAAUAACAGUAAUGGUGGAGAAACUGGAGGUAACAAUGUAAACUGGUGGGAUAAUAACAGCAAUGGUGGUAGUGGUACUAGUAGCAACAAUAAUGAUAAUUGGUGGGAUAAUAACAGCAAUGGUGGAGAAACUGGAGGUAACAAUGUAAACUGGUGGGAUAAUAACAGCAAUGGUGCCAUUGGUGGUAGUGGUACUAGUAGCAACAAUAAUGAUAAUUGGUGGAACGAUAAUGGUGGGAACACAGGUGGAAAUUCGUGGGACAAUAAAGUCAGUGAUAAUUGGUGGGAUAAUGGACAAUCAUGGGACAAUAAUGGGAACAGUGGAAGUUCGUGGGACAAUAAUGGCAACAGUGGAAAUUCAUGGGACAAUAAUGGCAACAAUGAAAAUUGGUGGGAUGAUGGACAAUCAUGGGACAAUAAUGACAACAGUGGUAAUAAUAAUUGGAAUAGUUGGGAUUCUUGGGAAAAUAACUGGAAUGGAGGAAACUCGUGGAACAGUAAUGGAAAUAGCGGAAAUACAUGGGACAAUAACGGGAAUAAUGAUAAUUCAUUGGACAAUAAUAUGGAUAAUGCAAACUCGUGGGACAGUAAUGUAAAUAGCGGAAAUACAUGGGACAAUAACUGGAAUAAUGAUAACUCAUGGGACAAUAAUUGGGAUAAUGGAGACUCGUGGGACAGUAAUGGAAAUAGCGGAAAUACAUGGGACAAUAAUUGGGAUAAUGGAAACUCGUGGGACAGUAAUGGAAAUAGCGAAAAUACAUGGGACAAUAAUUGGAAUAAUGAUAAUUCAUGGGACAAUAAUUGGGAUAAUGGAGACUCGUGGGACAGUAAUGGAAAUAGCGGAAAUACAUGGGACAAUAAUUGGGAUAAUGGAAACUCGUGGGACAGUAAUGGAAAUAGCGAAAAUACAUGGGACAAUAAUUGGAAUAAUGAUAAUUCAUGGGACAAUAAUUGGGAUAAUGGAAACUCGUGGGAUAGUGAUGUAAAUAGCGGAAAUACAUGGGACAAUAACUGGAGUAAUGGUAACUCAUGGAACACUAACCAGAACAGCGAUAACUCUUGGAACAAUGAUUGGAAUGAUGGGAAUUCGUGGGAUAACAGCUGGAAUGAUGGGAAUUCCUGGGAUAACAGCUGGAAUGCAGGGAAUGACAAUUGGUGGAAGCGUGGAAAAGUUGUACGGCUGAAACAAGAUGGAAGAAAACACCAAAGUGACAAGCAACUCGACACAGACAAGAAAAAUUUAAGGCAGAUGAAUAUAGAGAAAAUUAAUCACAAAAGUCUGCAUUCAGCGGAUAAAGAUGUUCUUGAACUCCACCAGUUAAGACAAAGUGGUGCGACCAAAUCUGGUCUUGGGGUCAAACAAAUAACACAAAGAAAUACCACGAGAUUACGCCAUCCGAUGAGGCAACUUUUCAAUAGGAAACUCAUAGAUAGGCAGCUUAAGCCUAAAAUGAAGAAGGGACAGAGGUUAUCAACAUUAAAAAGAUUUAUUUCUUUAGUUAAAAGUUUAAAGAGAGGGCAAUUAAAGACUAAAUAGAAAGACGAUGAAAGGGAAUAAUAAGAGUUAGGGCCUAUUUCACUACUACUUUUCUUUAA